AUGCCAGCUCCCCAACAUGCGCCAUCCUCCGGAGAUGCGUCACCUCGAGCCCGUCUCGGCGACGCUGGCCGCAGGGCCCUCGUGUCGGCGCUCCGACCCACUUCCCCGCGCUUCGCCCCUCCCAGUUCAGUCGAAGCUCGACCUCCUUCGCCACCUCAAGCCCCACCCGCCAUCUCCAUCCCGCUAGCCGCGAGUGGCAACGGAGUGUCCCCACGCCCCAGCGGCGGCUCCCCGAAGAUGUUCGGGAUGGGCAAUAAAGCCCUUAUUGCAGUGCUCGCGAGCGCCGGUUGCCCGACCUCAACACCAGCCCCACCGGUACGGUCACCGAGUACCAACUCGCGCAAGGAUCGACUGUCGCCACGCCCGCUGAGCACCAACCAGCCACCGCGCCUUCCGUUGCGCCCCCCGAGCGGCAGCCAAAUUCAGCAGAUGCCCAGCCACAACUACCAACGCUUGACGAGCAGCUACCAACCACGACACCCGCCCUCCUGCUGUGCGGAGUGCCUCAAACAAGUCCGCCAGAAGGCGAGAGCGAGGUGUUGGGAGAAGAAGGCGGCGGCACAACGUGAGGACCAAGAGGACGAGGAGAAGGACGAGGAGGAGAAGGAGGAGAGCGCGGACGAGUACGAGGAGAAGGACGGAGUCGUGCAUUUCUAG